CAGUAAGCGCGAAGAACAAAACAAGUCGUUCAAUGGUGAAGACAAGACAUACAGCAGGGACAAAGAGUUUUGCUCGUUGGGCCGAGGACCUUCGUCAAGAGGAUCCUGAAAAGAAACAAUCACAUAGAGCGAAGGUUUAUUUAGCAACUCAUAGAAUACCAAGAAAAGCCAAAGAUAAAAAUAAGCUUGUGGUUGAGUUGGAAAAUAUAAUUACUGAACACCCAGAGUUGGCUCAAAGUGAGCACGGAAGAGUUGCGUGAAAAGGUGAUGCCUUGCACAAAGUUUUGGGGAAUGAAAACUUUGUGACAUGGCAUGGGUUUGCUUCCUGUUCCUAACCAAGUGUAUGGUCGAAAGUCUCGUUAUCUCAAGAACAUCAAUGUGACUACAAUAGAUGGUUCAUCACAUGACGGAGGGGCUGAUGCCAUGGAGGAAAUAGCGAAGCUCAAGCAACUCAUAGAACAGCAAGACAAAAUUAUUGAUGCAUUAAGAAACAAUGAUGGAUUUCGUGGGGCCAACGAAAUUACAAUGAUAAAUAUAUAUAUUGUUGCAUUCAUAUAAUUAGUUUACUAAAACUUGUUUAAUUUCAAUUGUAGGAAAAUUCCCAAACAAUACGUAAUGGUGAAUCUCAUCCAGAAGUACUACAUGAUAAUAAAAGAAAGAGAGUUCAGGCCAAUGGACCCGGUGAAGAAAACACCAUGAUCAAACCCAGAGAUACAGUAAUGAAGGAAAUUCACCCAGAUCUUGAACACGAGGAUUGCAAUGAAUUCUCAUAUCAAGAACCAUCCUCACUAGCGAACCAUGUCUCUGAUGUAGAGAUAAGAAAGAGCAAGGAGAAUAUGAUUGAAAAUUUGACUAGACUAAGCAAACAAAGCACUCAAGACAAGUCUCUAGUCCAUGUCUCCUGUAAGCAGAAACGUGGUCCUUCCAUGAAGGUUGGCACACAAGUAAUUCUGAAGUCUUCAACAUAUCCAAACAAAAGACAUGUGGCACAUGCUACUAUUUUGGGUUGCAAAUCAAAACAACUGGUUGGUGGUGUUGAGCUAGGUCGCCAGUUCAUAGAAGCGCAAGUUGAUCAACCUAUUGAUGAAUGUGAGCUCUUGGUAAGGGAAAGGGAAAACUGUAGAACAGUUGGCGAUGCUUUCACCUCUGGAUUGACAAUUGCUUGGCCUUCAGCAUGUAUUGAGAGGUUCAGUGGUUGAGUUGAUUCGGAUGCUUCUGCUCAGGAGGAAUGCUCAGGAGGAAUCAAGAUGCGAAUAUGAUAUAUUUGUUUAAGAAAGAUUUGGAGGGUGCAUUUGGGUGAACAUUAGUAGGGGUGUCACACGCUUUUAGUGAUAGGAAAUCUUUUGCAUAUUAUAGUUUACAUUACGAGGUUGAGAAAUGUAAUUUGUUGCUACAACAUGGAUCUUCUAUAUAUUCACGUUACAAGUGCUAUUGAAUGACAUGAACCAUAUUUUUUAUUUUA